AUGUGCGUACUGGGAACAUGGGAUGAUAACCGGGUGGUAAGUGAUGUCAUGACACUAAGCGUGCAAAGUGCGGCGUCAUUCCCAAGUGUUGGUCAUCGCUUCAUUGUGAAAUCCCAUGAGGUGCAAGUGCUAAGAGCUCAGUUGGUGGCAGAACGGAAUUUGGUUGAAGAUUGUGAGCGUACUAUAAGGAGAUUGAAAAGGGAAAGGGUAAAGAUGUUGGAAGAGAAGCGACACCAGCUUGAAAUAUUGCAGGAAGAGAAUCAAAAGCUAUUAAAGAUGGUAGAUUUUUACUCUAAGGACAUGAAGAAAAACAGAGGAGGACUGACCCAUCCAAUCCAGUCCACCCGAUUCAAUUCCUCCAUUGAGAGGUUAAAUCCGCAAGGAAUCGAUUCCGGCUUCGAAGGUUGCUACAUGAACAAGAGGCAGAGAAGCAUCACCGACCGCACUUCCCGCGAAGCAGCCGCCAUUUCCUCCUCGCACCACCCUUCCUCCAGCCACUACUCCUCCGACUGCGGAAGCACGGAGAAGGAAGAGGGCAUGUUCACAAGGAGCUUGUGCCUUUCCUACGGCUCCAUCUCCGUCAUGGGACGGCGGAGAAACAUGAAAGACGCCGUCUCCCUAGCGAAAGUAGAUUCGUACCAGUUCUUCGCCGUGUAUGACGGCCACGGCGGCUCCUCCGUCUCCAACGCCUGCCGCGACCGCCUGCACCACCUCCUGGAGCAGGAGGUGGAGCAAUGGAAACUCGGCGGCAAGGGAGCGGUCGAUUGGGAGAAGGUCAUGGCCGCGUGCUUUACCAAAAUGGACGAGGAGGUCGGCGGCGAAUCCGGCAGCACCCCCGCCGACGACGAUACGAACACAAAUUGGGGGAACACGGUGGGGUCCAGCGCGGUGGUGGUGAUGGUGGGGCAAAAUGAGGUCGUCGUGGCCAAUUCCGGAAACUCACGUGCCGUCCUCUGCCGUGACGGCGUCGCCACUCCCCUGUCACGUGACCACAAGCCGGACCUCCCCGACGAGCGGAAGCGGGUGGAGGCGGCGGGCGGGAGAGUGGUCAAUUGGAACGGCUACCGCGUUCUGGGAGUUCUGGCGACGUCGCGGUCGAUCGGCGACCACUACUUGAAGCCGUACGUCAUAUCGGAGCCGGAGGUGACGAUCAGCGAGAGGACGGAAUGCUGCGAUUUUCUGGUGAUCGCGAGCGACGGACUUUGGGAUGUCGUAACGAAUGAGUGCGCGUGCCAGGUGGUGAGGAGGUGCCUGGAUGCGCAGACGAAGAGGCAGUUGUCGGAGGGGAUGAGCGGCUCGAGCUCGGCGCCGGCGAAUGCGGCGGCGCUGCUGGCGCAGCUGGCUUUGGCGCGAGGCAGUAAAGAUAAUAUUACUAUUAUCGUAGCUGAGCUUGGUUGAGUUAAAUUUACA